UCUGACAAAUAUAACAUUUUAUCAACUGCACCACCUCUGGAAACAGAGUAUUUUCUCAACUUCUCAUCCAAUUACGAGUUUCUUCAAACUGGUGGACAGGGGCAGUUCUGUGAUGGGUUGUCUCACCUGUAAAAGAUGCAUGUGUGCCGUUGUGUUAGUACUGAUUCUGAUAGCGAUAAUCAGUCUGAUACACUUUCUGAUACCCCUGAGAUCCCCUGAGACCCCUGAGACCCCUGAGACCCCUGAUAACUGCUAUAAAAAAGCAGCAGUGGCAGCAGAUGCUGAGACUUGCUCUGAGAUUGGAAAGGACAUGUUGAAGCGUAAUGGUUCAGCUAUUGAUGCUGCUAUCGCCGCUCUGCUGUGUGUGAGUCUGUUUAAUGCUCAAAGUGUGGGCAUCGGAGGAGGGGGAGUAUUCACCAUAUACAAUCCAUCAACAGGAAAGGUGGAGACAAUAAAUGCGAGAGAAACUGCUCCAAUGAGUGCUUCACAGGACAUGUUUGGCAAAGACCCAAACGCAAACCCAGGAUUAUUUAUAGGUACACCAGGACUGCUGCGUGGUUAUGAGUUGGCACACAAAAGACACGGGAGACUGCAAUGGAAGGAGCUAUUUGAGCCCAGUAUAAAGCUGGCAUUAGACGGAUUUCAGAUCGGCAAGGCCUUGGCCUUAGCCAUCAAUGAGGAUAGUGGCAAAAUUCUGAAUAGUCCAGCAUUUGACGUUUUUUGUGGCUCAAACAACAAGAGCAUCUUAAAGGAAAAUGACACAAUAAGAUUUAUCCAACUAGCUCAUACCUAUAAGAAGAUAGCAGAAGAAGGACCAGAUGCAUUUUACGAUGGGUCACUGACUCAGGAUAUACUGGAUGAUAUCAAGGCUAAAGGAGGGAUAAUAACACACGAGGAUCUAAAGGGUUAUAAGCCAGUGCUGAAUGAGCAUGCAUUAAACUUCACUGUGGGGAAAUACAUAUUUCAUGCUCCGGAUGCUCCAUUCGGUGGACCUGUGCUCGCUCUGAUACUCAACAUACUCAAAGAUUACAACUUUUCAAGAAGCAGUGUGUCCACAACGGAGAAUAAGAUUUUGACCUAUCAUCGUAUGAUAGAGGCUUUCCGCUUCGCUGAUGCCCAGAAGAGUAAACUGGGAGACCCUGAUUAUGAAGACCUCACUGAGAUUAUAAAAAGAAUGACCUCAGUGAGCUUUGCAGACAACAUAAGGAGUAAGAUUAAAGAUGACUUCAAACAAAUCAGUUACUUUGAGCAAGAGGACAGUGAUGGUGUACCUGCAUAUGACCAUGGCACAUAUCACCUGUCUGUCCUCGCAGAAGAUGGGAGUGCAGUGGCUGUCACCAGCAGUAUCAAUAACAAGUAAGAGAAAUAUUAAGAGAUAAAGAGAGCAGUGAUCCUUAAUCUUGGUCUUGAUCUAACACACCCAGUUUCAGUUACUGAGUGCCAAUAUUCUCUCUAUCUUUUUUUCUUUGCUGAGCAAAACUUUUCUUUGCUGUGCGGAUAUUUCGGCCACCAAAACAAAAACAUUCUUUAAACCAGACAU